GUCCCAAACUUCCCACCCACCUUCCUGACAACGCUGCCCCUACUUCGACACAUACUCAAUAACAGGACAUGAAGCCCUCAGUCUUCACCAAACUUUACUUACACGCACUUCCUGUUGACCACGUUGACAUUACCAUUGUUCUGUCCGAGGCUCCUAACCACAAGCAUUCUCACGCUGCUGCCACCACCGCGUCAAAGCAACUAUUUGAGCACACAGCUACCAAGGCUAAUGGCACCGAUAUCAUAAAUGUUGCCGUUACUGCGGACGAUGCAGAGGAGCAACAGCAACAGCAACAGCAAUGCGAAGUUGAUGGCGAACUAAGGGACAAAGAUGAUUAUAAACAGGAGAACAACGGCGAUCCUAAACAGGAAGAUGAAGAUGAAGGAAAAGUGAAAGGAAAAGGAAAAGAAAAAGAAAAAGGAAGAGAAAAGGAGGAGAAAAAAGAAAAAGGAAGGGAAAAAGAAAAGAAAAAAGAAAAAGGAAGAGAAAAUGAAAAUGAAAAUGAAAAGAAAAAAGAGAAAGGAAAAGUAGAUGAAAAGGUAAAAGGAAAAGAAAAAGAAGAAGAAAAUGAUGAUGAUGAUGAGAAGAAGAAGAACAAUAAGAAGGACAAGGAGGACGAGGAGGACGAGGAAGAGGAACAGGAAGAGGAGGACGAUGAUGAGGACGAGGAGGAGGAGGAGGAGGAAACUAUUCAAGAUAAUGGGCUAUCAAGUACACAAAUUUCCAGAUUGACUUCUAUUAUUGCCGCAAAUAAUGGGGGGCCACAAGCACUAUCGGAGAUGCUUUCUAUACUUGGAGAAUUGAUUCAAAGCCAGCAGAACCGCGAGGUUCAAUGUCAAGGCACCAAUAUCACAAAUGGCUAUCGUUGCAAGAAAUUAACAAACAGUCCUUCUGGUUUAUGUGAUAUACACAACCCUACCGUCCGCAAAUGCAUGGCUAUAGCAAGGACUACCGGAGCACAAUGCAAGAACCCAAUGACUCGUGGUAUGUUUUGUGAUACCCACAGCCCCGACACGGCCAAAUGCAGGGGCAUAGCAAGGUCUACCGGAGCACCAUGCCGAAAGUUACCGAAAUUCAAUGGAUAUUGCGAGUACCAUCGUUGAUGAGGCAAAAAGCUCAUGUGAUAUGCAGAUAUACUAGUUUUCUCCCUAUGUCAAUAGACGCAGGACUAUUAAAGCGCUCCAUAAUACUACCUUCUGGUAGUAAUGUCCAUUCCUUCUCUCCUC